AUGGUUGAAGUAAUCAUGAAAGAAUUGGUGUUGUCAUUCUUACCGGGCCUCUCUGAUGAAACUCUGACUUCACUGCUGAAUGGGUUGCAAGAGCUUGGUGUGGAAAACAAGGAAGACCUUGCUUUUGUACAAGUAAAAGAUACAGAGAAAUACCUUCAACCUAUUCCGUGUCGAAAGUUACUGAAUGGCUUUCAAGGGAACUUUGCAGUAGUUCAACUGGAACUUGUUCCUGUCACUUUCCCAACCUUCGUCCCCAGAUCCUUGAACACUCUUUGCACCGUACCUGUCAGCUCCCCAUACACUCAAGACACCGUUUCUCCCUCCUUGCAGCUUGGCAAACCAUGGCAUGCAGACUUCCAGGUCAACUGGGAUAGGAUGCCAGCAACAAUUCAAAAGGCAGUAGCAAAUAAAACAAGACCAUCACCAGGCAAUAGAAAAGAUAUGGUGACGGCAGUGGUUGAUCAGAUCGUGGAACAUGAACCUAACCCAACCAGAGCAAUUUGUCACAAUAUUGUUCGAAGCAUUGUAAGGAGCCAUCCGGAAUGUUUUGCUGAUGUUUCAAAAAAUGGAGACAUCCUUGGAGACGGUUGUUAUUCUCUUCUGCAGCAAAUAAAAACUAGGGUGGAAUAUAAAAACAGGAACAAUACUCUUGUGAGACGACGCAGAGCGAGAAGGCCACAAAGUGAGAUACCAGAUGCAGGCAGAGGUAUGACAAGAGGCCCUGUAGAUCAGUAUGGCUGUGUAAGAUGGAGUCCUGUAGAAUUACCUCCUGGCAAAACUGAGGCAUCAUUAGAUGGCAUCAAAAGUCAUCUCCUUAACAUCUACUCAGAGGAAGGCAUGAGUGGUGCAGAGAGAGCUGAACCUCUGAUGGAGAAGACCUAUGUCAUCCAGCGACGCUGUCUUAAUAGUGUACCUCUACCAGCCAUUGCAGUGGUUAAGGAGAAAUGGCCUUUUCUCUUUUCACUAAGAGGUAUUAUUUCACACUUCACUCUGUUGACCGAUGUCUCCAUCCUCGUGAAGUUUCGAGAGGCCCUGGAUAACAAAGGCAACACCAUUCUGAAGUUUUGCCAAGAAGUCAACUCUCAUCAAGGGGUGAAAGAUGUUUUGGCUUGUUUUGAACCUGAGGUUGCCUGCAUUCUUCUUUUAAUGGCGUACUUCAAAGAGCCCAAAAAUGCCAUUGUGCUUGAUGUUGAU